AUGCAACAGUCUAUGAAAGUCCUUCCCGAUCACGCACAAAGCAACGACCGAUCCGCUUGCCUUACAUCGCCUGUGAUACACCGAAACGCAUCAUGUAAAGGUCGACUCAUCGGUCCUGAGGAAUUCGGUUGCACAACUCUUUGGGAUGCCUUCAUCAGGGGAUAUCUAUUAGCAGGGUCAUCCGCCAAUUGCCUUGGGAGUCGUUUACCCCUCGAGCCUACCGCGCGUUCUUUACCACAAGCCAGCUUUAAUUGGCAAUCAUACGGUAAAGUUUAUUCGAAGAUCACUAUUUCGGAAUACGCAUGUUAUCGCAGCUCAUUGGUCGUGGUUUCAAUAGAUGACCUAGUUUCCUCAAGAUCAGCAUCUCAAAUUUUGAACCAAACGAAACCAAAGGCCAUCAUCUUACCUACCGAAAAACUAAACAAAUUGAUCAAAGUUAGAGCUGCUGAAUUUGCUAAACAGAAGAAGAAGCUUAUUCGACCUUUGCGAUUGUCAUCUUUUCCAGCUGGAGAGACCAGUAUGAAUUCGGAACUCGAAAAAGAGAUGGGAUUGAAUCAUGCUAUUGACCCAUUAGAUAUAGGAACGAUAGGUAUUGAGAAUGUAUACGCAGUAGAUGAACAUUCUCAUGAAUUGAGUAUGUUGAGUGAUACUACUGGAUCACAUAGCAGAUUUCGACAAUCUAGUAUUCGUUCUUUGAGUGAAACUUCUACUCAAGCUGCUCUCAGGAAUCAAGAUAUACUUCAAGAAGAUUUGAUUUAUAUUGUGAUUGAUGGAGAGAAACUUUCUAAGAAGGUGAAGAUGAAUUGUAUUUCACUUGGUGUAAGGAUUUAUACAUUUGAAGAUGUUGAAAAGCAAGGUCGGAUUCGAUCACAAGAACUCGGUCAAUUAUGUGCUGGUGAAUCUUCGAAUCUGAAUCUUGAAUUAACUGAAUUGAAGAAUACAUUUAAGCCAACACAAGAAACUUGGGCUGCAAUCUUAUAUUCUAGUGGUACCACAGGCCCUCCGAAGCCAGCAGUGAUCACUCAUGGAAAUUUCGCUUCGAACUUGGCUGCGCUCCAUUACCUAGUAAAAGCUCGAAAGCUUCCGGAAAUGACGUGCGCUGAUCUUGUCCAGUUUUCUUACCUGCCUUUGACCCAUAUUUAUGAAAAACAAUCUCAAGCCUAUGUUUUCUAUAACGGAGGAUCGAUUGGAUUUUCUUCAAUUUUAAUUUUAAGAUUUCUUGAAGAUAUUACAAUCUUAAAACCUACAUUAUUAACUACUACACCUAAUUUUCUUAUUAAUCAAAUCCUUUCUAAUCGAUUAAAUUCAUUAAAAAACUUUGAAUCUUAUAAAAACUCAGUUGAAAGUUAUUUACUUAAUAAAGCUAUUGAAGAAAAAAUUAAAGUUUUGAAAGAAGGUCAUGGUGAAAAAGUUUGGCUUUGGGAUCGAUUCGUACUUGGAUAUUUGAGGGAUAGAUUAGGUGGUCGAUUGAAAUGGAUAGUCAGUGGGACCUCGGCUUUAUCAGCACAUGCAACUGAACUUCUUACUGCCAGUCUGAGCGUCAGGAUCACCGAGGGGUACGGCUUGACCGAAACCUGUUCAUCAGCAUGUGUAUCACUUUUGGACGAUUCCAACAUUUUCUCAGUGGGGCACGUUGGGCCUCCCUUGCCUUGUUGUGAAAUCAAAAUUGUAGAUGUUCCUCCUAUCUAUAGCAAUCAGGAUCAACCAUUUGCUCGGGGUGAAAUUUAUAUCCGUGGUCAUAACGUAUUUGCUGGUUACUUUUGUCCAGCAACAUAUGAUGUUAAUGAAAGUCUUGAUUGUAAAGUAGAUCAUGAAGGAUGGUUUGCAACAGGAGAUAUUGGAUUUUUUGAUCAACUUGAUAACUUACAUAUUAUUGAUCGACUCACUCCUAUACAAUCUAUGGUCAAACAACAAAUCCAUCAUCAUUUUCAUAUACUUAAUUUUCAAAAAAUCGAAUUAAGUCUUUUGAAUUCUGUAAAAGAGAUUGAACAAAUCUUUAUUGCUUCUUCUUCUUCAUCAUCUGGUUUUCAAAAAGAUCAUCAUGAAGAUCAAAGUUAUGAAAGUCAAGAAUCGGUUGGACAGAUUGGAGCUUUAACUGGAUUUGUUGUAGUAGACGUGCUGGAUUUCUUAAGGUGGGCUGAGACACAAUCUUUUUUAGGAUAUCGAUUAGAAGGAAGUAAGGAAUGUGAAUCAGUUACAGAUGAAGAAGAUGAUGAUGAUGAUGAUGAUAUUGAGGCAGGUUGGGAAACAAGAAUGGGCUUAGAAGAAGAGGAAGAAGAAGAAGAAGAAGAACUAGAGUUAGAUAGAUUUGGAUUUAAAUUACCUAUUAAUGAAACUGAUAGAGAAAGUGUUGCACAACAACUUUGUAAGGAUUCAAAGGUUUUGAAGGCUUUUUUGACACGGAUCCGUCAAAAAGGAAAAGAUGCUGGAUUAAAAAGUCAUGAAUUACCAGUUACGAUCCAUCUGACAACAGUACGAUUUUCAAUAACUUCUUCUCAAACAUCUAGCUUACCUUUAUCAGAAGAUUUAGAUAAAUUAUCGAAAAAGAAUCCAGAAGAAUCAGUGAUGACCCUUAAACUGAAAUCUCAAGCUUUAAUUCAUCACUUUUUAAAUCAUUCAUGAUCUUACUUUAAUAUAAGCUUGAAAUUUGUAUUAGAUUCACUUUUGAAAGUUGAGGUUUGUAUGACAAGAUGCUAGUAAUGUAAUUUCUUGUAUAUUUAUAUGUUGAGGUCUGUUCUUUCUUGAAGGACAGUCUUGUAGGUUGUGUUUUGCUGAUUUGUAGAUUAUCAUUGAUGAGUUUAUGAUGCCAUUGUAGUACUGGUAUCGGGCAAGAUUGUUUUUUUGGCUAUUUAUUGACCAUAGGUCGUGCGGAUUUGAUCCAAACAAAGAAACUUGAGGUUUGCAAAGUUUCAACUUUACAUGUGCACUACAACAAUGUCUGUGAAACACUUGUUCCUGGAACAGUUUGACUCCUUU